GCUACGCGGGUGCUUUGCAGUGGGGUCAGAGCCAUCCCUCUUUAUUUUUUUUCUAGCCAAACCAGGCAGCAGUGGGCAAAACUCCCCAAGGAAUGUAGAAAUUGGGGGGUGAAAAGGUUCUGAGCGCCAGGGCAGGGGGUGGCGAGCGAGCGACCACGUGUGUACGUGUCUGGGUUAGAAAUCGCUGCUCCGCCGGGCGCGCUGGAGGAGAGGGGGGAAAGGGAGAGAGAAAAUCAGCCGCAGCCGCGUUUUCCAAAAAGCCGGAGCCAGCGCUCCUGCUCGCCGUCGCUUCCAAGAAACGGAGAGAACCGGGGAGGAAAAUUGCGGUGAUUCAUCGCGGGCAGAUCGGAGGCAGGAAAUGGGAGUUCGCUGCCUGCCCCGUGCCCGGCGUGGGCUCCGUGGGCUCGGGCUCGCCGGGGCCUGGCUGGCGGCGAGGGCCUGACGCCCACGGGCCGAGCAUCCCUACGCCGCGGCGGGAGCUGCCGGAGGAGCCACCGGCGAAGGGAAAACAACCAGCGAAGGCCGGGACCCGCAGCACCGGCAAUUUUUCACCUGCGUUUCUCCGGAGCCACCCGAGCGAGAGCUGCCCGGACAGUGACCAGGGGCCACAUCCAGGCUCCCACCGAGCGCUCCAGCACCACCAGCCCGGGGGACCCCCGAAUAAUUCAGAUGUGGCACAGGAGCUGCUUAACCCCAUCCUGAUCCAGCCUUCACCCCCAAAACCCCACUGCCAUGAAGAAGAAGCUGUCCAACGGGCGGGGGUCGGACCCUGCGGCCCCCCAGCAGCGAGCCCGGGGUGUCACCAAGCCAGCCGAGUACGUGGGAUCCUUCGUGGUGGAGGAGCUGGACCUGCAGCAGCAGGUGGGGCGGCUGGAGGAGCAGCUGCGGGGGCUCAAGGACUGUCCCAGGAGGAGGUUGGUGGUGCUGAGGUUCAGUUUGCAAGGUUUGAAGGUCUACGGAGCUGAUGGGGAGACCCUGCUGAUGGCCCACGCUCUCCGCCGGAUCCUGUACAGCACGUGCUGCCUCGCUGACCGCCAGUUCGCCUUCGUGGCCCGCAACCCCCACAGUCCCCCCAGCACCCUCUUCUGCCACCUCUUCGUGGGGCUCCCGGGAGAGGUCCAGACCCUGCACCUCCUGCUCUGCCGCUGCUUCCAGCUCUGCCACCUCCUGGCUCACCCCGAGGAGCAGGAGCAGGGGGAGCCCCCGGGGCCGGGGGUGCUGCGGGAGCCCCUCAACCCCGACGAGGUGUCCCGCAACGUCAACGCCCUGGUGUCUUUCCGCCGCCUGCCCGCGCCCGCCGGCCUGGGCGCUCUGGGCACAGGGGACCGGCGGUCGGAGGCAGAGGGCAGAGCCGGCUCCUGGCGCCCGGGGAACCCCUACUGCUCGCCGGUUCUGGUGCGCAAGAAAGCCAUCCGCAGCAAAGUGCUGCGCUCGGGGGCCUACCGGGACUGCGGGGCCGAGGGGCAGCUCCACCAGCCCCCCCGCGACGCCGGAUGGGAGAGCAAAGGCGCUCGGAGCUUGGCCCUCCUGCCCGAGAACGAGAGCGUCCUGGCAGAGAGCGUGUGGGCCUUCGCCGGCAUCGCCAGGGACGCGGGGGUCGCGCUGCUGCGGCGGGACGCGCCCGGAGCCUUCCUGCUGCGCCCCGAGCCCGGGCUGCCCAAGCGCUGGUGCCUGUGGGUGCGGGCGCCCUGCGGCGUGGUGCCCUACGGCCUCCUCCGCACGCACCAGGGCAGGUUCUGCGUGGAGCACUCCAACGCCGAGUUCGCCAGCGUGGCCGCCCUCCUGGCCCACUACUCGGGGGCUCCGGGGAGCUGCUUCUGCCGCCUGGCCCCCGGCCACCGCAACCCCGGCUACGAGGAGCGGGACCCCGGCGGCGGGGCCGGCGCCUGCGGGGGGGAGUCGGCCUGGACCCCCUCUGCCCCCAUCGGGGUGCAGCACGAGCGGGGGUAGGCCCGGAUCCCCCUCCCCGUGCACGGCUGCCCCCCACCCCCGAGCUUUAACUGGCUGCCAUCUGCCUUAUCCAUCCAUCCCUGCCUCCCGCGGGCUGCGCGCGCUGUCCGGCAAUA